ACGACACGUCCACCUACCUUGUCAAACUUCCACGGAUUCACUGUUUCUGCAUGACGAUUUUUCAUGUUUUAACUUUAAAAAAUGCCGUUGAGACUAGAUAUCAAGAGGAAAUUGACUGCGAGGUCUGACCGUGUCAAGUGCGUGGAUCAACAUCCCACUGAACCAUGGCUCCUCUGCUCCCUGUACAACGGCGACGUAAACAUAUGGAAUUACGAGACUCAUUUACAGAUCAAGAGAUUCGAGGUUUGCGACAUACCCGUGAGAGCUGCGAAGUUUGUGCCCAGAAAAAAUUGGGUCAUCACGGGUUCAGAUGACAUGCAGAUCCGUGUCUUCAACUACAAUACUCUGGAAAGAGUGCACUCAUUCGAAGCACAUUCAGAUUAUGUCAGAUGUAUAGCCGUACACCCUACACAACCUUACAUUUUGACAAGCAGUGAUGACCUGUUAAUAAAACUAUGGAAUUGGGAUCGGAACUGGGCUUGCCAGCAGGUGUUCGAGGGGCACACUCACUAUGUUAUGCAGAUCGUCAUCAAUCCAAAGGACAAUAACACCUUUGCUAGUGCCAGUCUCGACACCACAGUCAAGGUUUGGCAACUCGGUUCUUCUAUUUCUAAUUUCACCCUGGAAGGCCACGAAAAGGGCGUCAACUGCGUGGAUUAUUAUCACGGUGGCGAUAAGCCCUACCUAAUUAGUGGUGCUGACGAUCGACUUGUCAAGAUCUGGGACUACCAGAACAAAACUUGUGUGCAAACACUAGAAGGUCACGCACAAAAUGUGUCCGCUGUAUCAUUCCAUCCGGAGCUGCCGAUCCUCCUAACUGGUUCAGAGGAUGGUACCAUAAGAAUUUGGCACGCGGGCACCUACCGCCUGGAGUCAUCGCUCAACUAUGGCUUCGAACGCGUGUGGACCAUCUCCUCAAUGCACGGAUCCAAUAACGUCGCCAUUGGUUACGACGAAGGCACUAUUAUGAUAAAAGUGGGCAGAGAGGAGCCAGCUAUAUCAAUGGAUGUGAACGGAGGCAAGAUCAUCUGGGCUAAACACUCGGAAAUGCAGCAAGUCAACCUGAAGCAGUUGCCAGAAGGUACAGAAAUCAAAGAUGGCGAACGUGUACCGGUAGUCGCUAAAGAUCUAGGUUCGUGCGAGAUCUAUCCUCAGACCAUAGCUCACAAUACAAACGGCCGCUUUGUUGUGGUAUGUGGGGAUGGCGAGUUCAUCAUUUACACAGCGAUGGCCCUCAGGAAUAAGGCAUUCGGUACGGCUCAAGAAUUCGUUUGGGCAUUAGACAGUUCCGAGUACGCUACUUUGGAAGGAUCCAGCACCAUAAAAGUGUUCAAAAAUUUCAGAGAAAGGAAGAGUUUCAAGCCUGAAUAUGGUGCAGAAGGUAUAUUCGGUGGAUUCAUGUUGGGUGUCAAAUCUAUCAGUGGCAUGGCCUUUUCCUUCUACGACUGGGAGCAACUUGAACUUAUCAGACGGAUCGAGAUCCAGCCACGUCACGUUUACUGGUCGGAGAGUGGUAAUCUAGUGUGCCUUGCUGCAGACGAUGCUUACUACGUGCUCAAGUAUAACGCUGCCGUGGUGACGCACGCGAGGAAAACUAAUACUAACACCACCGAGGAUGGCAUAGAAGACGCCUUCGAGGUUGUGGGUGAAGUGAAUGAGACUGUGAAGACCGGCAUAUGGGUGGGAGACUGCUUUAUUUAUACCAACUCAUUGAACCGGAUCAACUACUACGUGGGCGGAGAGAUUGUCACCAUAUCACAUCUGGAUCGAACUAUGUAUAUCCUCGGAUAUGUUGCCAAGGAGAAUAGAUUGUACCUCAACGAUAAGGAGUUGAAUAUAGUAUCAUAUUCAGUGCUACUGUCGGUGCUAGAGUAUCAGACUGCUGUGAUGCGAGGUGAUUUUGAAACUGCAGACCGUGUGUUACCUACGAUACCGCACGAUCAUCGUACUAGGGUCGCCCACUUCCUCGAGAAACAGGGUUUUAAGCAACAAGCGUUGGCUGUGUCGACUGAACCAGAGCAUCAAUUCGAGUUGGCUUUGGCUCUCGGUGAAUUGCAUAGAGCCAAGCAGUUUGCUGAAGAAGCAGCUAUUGCAGAGGGAGGAGUGCCUUCUAGAUCUAGUAGUGCCCGAUGGUCUCGUCUUGGCGCGGCCGCGGCGGCUGCGGCGGACACGGAACUGACGAAAGCGUGUUAUUUAGCGUCGAGAGACCAUAGCUCGUUACUACUUCUCGCCGCCUGCACCGGUGACAAAGCAUUGUUCAAAGAAAUAGCGUUAACGGCAGAAGAAGAAGGCGACGAUAAUAUAGCUUUCGUUGCGUUGUUCUCACUGAACGAAUUGGAGGCGUGUUUGCAGCUCCUCAUCAAGAGAGACAAGUUGCCUGAGGCAGCGUUCUUUGCCAGAUCAUACAUUCCGUCGAAGAUGUGCGAGGUAGUACGCUUGUGGCGUGAAUCAGUUUCCGCCACUAACAAGAAAUUAGGUCAAGCUCUCGCAGACCCCGAACAAUACGAAAACCUCUUUCCAGAUUACCGAGAGUCGUUAGAAUUAGAGCAAUAUCAACGCGAAUAUGGGUACCCUCAGAGCAGCUCGUUGGCGACGAUGGAGGAGAAUAGUCGCAAGUCUAACGUGACGAGGGAUCUCACCAUAGAGAUGAGUGAGGCCGUCACGAGACCACGACAUGUACCGCCAGUAUCUACUGCGCCCAGUAAUAACAGUGCAGCGCAAAUCCUCAAACCCACCCAGCCCACAAUAGAGGACGACACAGUUGUGGAGCCGUCUCAGUUAUUAUUAUCUGAUCAACAAGAACCUGAUAGUACCACUACCCUCAACAUGGAGGAAAUCGAUAAGGAGAUCGAGGCUAUCUUUCUAGAGGACUUGUCAGACGAAGGCGAUCUGUUGAAUUUGGAUUAAGGAUUUAAUUAAUUAAAUUUAUUAUAUUUUUUUUUUAUUAUUUCGUGUUAUUAAGAAAGUAUGUAUUUGCUAAAGUAAUAAUUAUUACCUGUAAAAUUAAACUAUUA